CUUGUGCCUUAUUUUAACAUCACAGCAAAAGGGUAAAUAGAUUUAAACCUCGGAGAAGGGAAUGGCAAGGAUCUCUGUUAAAUGUUUUAAGGUUGCAGGUUAAGUUAUACUAUUUAGAUUUGAAUUCUCUUUGUAUUUUAUUUUCCUUUUCCAAAAAAGCGCUUCAUUUUCUUUUCGCAUCAUUUUCUCACAAAAGCACACUCCAUUCCAAUGCGCUCCAUCACGGGAUUUACGCGCCCCUGCUUGUCUCCCCCUUAAAGCAUCUGUCACUACGCGGGCAGAGACAAAACAAGUGAAGAAGAAAAGGCAUGAAUACCAUGAUUGCAGAAAUUAGAAAAAACAAUACGGUAGCUAGCUAUCCUCAAGCCGAAGUGGCGAUUUACCCUGACUCACCCGUCUCCUCAGCACCGGAAAACGGGCAGCUCUUCAUACGAAGUGUCGCGUCCAGGAGGGACACACAGACGACCACCGGUAGUGCCAACCCGGAGGAAGGCAGCACCCAACCCCUGGUAUCUUCAGCCACUGCUGCCCCGUCUUGCACCAUGACAUCGGGCGAAUUCAUGCAAUCUACUCCCCUCUUUGUCCCGAGAUCUAAGAAGAACCUAUUUUAUAAGAUAUUGUGUUUCAUGUUGCUCGUUCUCCAGGGUGGCAUCUUGGAUUUCUACCUCAUUAUAUUCACUGAUUUGUACUGGUGCUCCUGGAUAGCAACGGACCUUGUAGUUAUAUCAGGCUGGGGGAUUUUCUUCAUUAAAAACGCAAGGAGUAAGCGAGAGCGGGCUUGUGGUUUUCAUCAGAAGAGCUCGAUUUUUGGCUGCAAUCUUGGGGAGUUCACGUUCGCCUAUUUGGCAUGGCUCAUUUACGUGAUUGCGUGCACUCCGAAAGUGGUACUCAUCUUGGAGACCUCCAUUCUAGAUCUGAUUGUGCUCAAAGUGCCAUUUGGCAUCACCGGAUUCAAGAUAACCAUGUUGCUCACGGCGCCUUUGCUUUUCUGUCUCAUCAAUUCAGUUAUAGAGGAUCCAAAUGGCGCGAUUCGGUACCAUUCCCAAAGUUGCUUUAUGACCACAUGUAUAGACGUGCUGGACAGUUUCACCCUCGUCGAGUUGCUCCUUAAAAACGAGAUUCCCAACGUAUAUUUGAAAUAUACCGUGAUAUCCGUGUAUUUCGUCGCACUAGGCGUACCAGUUCUAUGGCUUUACGAGCUAACGGCCUCAAGGAUGCACUGCCGCUGGAUUUGGGCGAGGUUCUUCACAAGCGUUGUGGUCAAUGCACCGUUGUUGGUGUGAGAACUGUCCGGAGAUUCGCACGUGGAGGCAACCCAGCCCAAUUCUCCCACUGCGUCUCGGAGAACGACAUGUGCCCACACG